AUGUCCUCACAACAAAACUCACCUACUUCCGCCUCGGGCUCUGGCUCUGGCCCUAUCCCGCGCAACACUCUUCUCGGCCUGCCGGAAGAGCUUCAAGCUCUGAUCGUCGACAUAACCGACAAAGGCGGUGAUACCAACGUGGACACUUUAUGUAGGCUGACCCUGACCUGCACGCAUAUGCACCGGAUUGCCCGUUCGUAUGUAUUCCGCGCUAAAGACUUUAGAGUGUUUCGGCGGGCUGUUGAGUCGGCCUACGUGCCGAUGAUGCGUCUUUGUGAAGAACACGGCGCCGCACCGGUCGAAAUAACCUGGCCUGUAAGACCGUCGUGGAGGGAGUAUCGACCAAUUGAUGCUCUACUCCUCAACUUGGACGAGCGGCCAGAUAGUCGGCGAAGCGAACAGCUGCAGAACAGAAUUCGGGUAAGUGUCUACGAAGCUCUGAAGUGGCUCCUUGAGAAGGGUGCUGACGCGGAAGCGAACUUGGUAAGUGAAUCGUUCAACGGUUUUCGUUACGAACGACUGGAUAUGGGUCUUGGACAUAUGCCCACACGACUCCUGAAGCAACUCCAAAUUAACAUUGGUAGACCUGGAGUUGAAAUGUACCUCAACAUGAUUGAGCUGUUGAGUAGCCAUGGCUUUCCGAACCCAACUCGAUCCAACUCCCUCGACAGCGUGUUAGCCACCGACGUGGUCCCGUUCUACCAUGCGGCGUCUGACUGGGCGGACACGCACCCAUACCCUUUUGUCGACGGUGCGAUAACGGAGACUUAUUUCACGGAGUCUCCGAUAGACCUGGCACUCAAGUCGCACAUCCCGCCUCGUCUGCUGGAGUUGAUUUUGAAGGAGUAUGCCAGUCGAGGUGUCAGCCUACUGACAUUGUACGACGAGUGUCCAGAGGGUCUCAAGAAGACCUGUAAGGGAAAGAGGCCUGGAAGGGAUGAUGACUGGGUGGGCGUUAGUUCCAUUGGUACACUCAUCGGAACUCUUCAUGCUGAUUUGCACAGCACAUCGGCGACCCGUUGGAAGGCAUCGUAUCAUGGAGAAGUCGCUGACAUUUUCCGGCAGAAGCUCGACAUCAUGGUCGAGUACGAGAUGGUUGACGUGGUUGAGGAGGCUCUGCUUAAGAGUAUACUCGGGGCUCUGUACAUCAUCACAGCUCAAAUUUCUGCGACAAGGCGCGGAAGGCCGGCGCAGUUCAAGCGCUCGUGGGUGACGCUAUGUGAGGCAGUACGGCCCUAUUGCACCAACGAGUACGAUUUACUGUACGAUAUAAACGGCACAAUUAUUCGAAAUGGACCUGGGCGUGUCCAUGAGUUCGCUAUUGAUACCAGGUGGAAUCCAUGGUAUAUGUGGUUCGUGUGGUCUGAUGCAUGCAGACGUCUUAAGCUGACGAAACAGAAGAUCAGUGAAACCGACUUCUCUGAGAAUAGAAGGUUUUUCUGGCAGAAAUGCCAUGGGUAUGAGAUCGAGUUCAUACUGGGGUAUUUUGAUCGUGAUAAGGUCCAGCCUUGGUACGACAUUGAUGUGGACGAGUGGUGUCGGCAGAUGCUGGAAGCUUUUACUGAGGACGGGGUUCGAACUGACUUGCAGGAUGAUGUUCGCAGCUGGUGUGAGUCCAUGCAAGAAGAAUAUGAUGAAGAGUCAAUCUACCUUGAAUGGUGGAAGCAGCUCACGAGAACGUAA